UACAAGGAGAAAGAGGCCCCGAGGUAUGAAAGGUGGUAUGAUGGAAGCCUGGGCGGUGAUCUUCUCUUCCGAGCGAGGGCACAGCCACAGUGUAUGGAUGUGAAUGCAAGGAGUUACAGGUGGUCUGAGUCCCGCAGCAAAGUGUGACAUGGGAGAGGAUGAGACGGUAGAACAUGUGGUGCUGGAGUGUGUGAAGUAUGGCAGAGACAGGAAUGAGAUGAUGCAAGUGAUACUGACUGAGUUAGGGCAUGAUAGGAAUGAAAGAGUGGAGAAGACAGGAAAGGAAUGGAUGGUGUUGUUGCUGGGACUGGGUAGAGAGGCCAAUGAAAGGAUGAUUGAGGCGGUGAAAGAGUUUCUGGAGAGAAUGUGGCGUGCCAGGUGUAUGAACAAUUAGGAUAGAGGAUGCUGUUCGUUUCUCUUUUUUUUUUUUUCCCCUUUCUACAGGAGUUGCCGAUCCAAAGGCCUGGCUCAGGAGUGAUCCUGUGCCACCUGUACCAUCAAGAUCAAGAUCAAGAUCAAGAGUCGAGGUGACACAUUAGUAGAAGUAGCAGCUGGUCUGGUUGUGUGCUGUUGUCUUCAUCAUUAUUCAGGAGGCCUGUUUUGCGUCUAACUGUGCUACACUCAAGGAGCAAGCAUGCAGCAGGUGUGUGGAAACAUGUGCUGGCGGCUGACUCGUCACUUGACAGCACGUACUUUCACAGUGGUGCGUUGGGUCAAGGGACAUCACGCCUGCCUUCCUGCAGCAUCUGUCUCCAUCCUACCAGCCAGGCAUUCUUCCACUCAAGAUGGUCCUCUCUCAGGAGUCAGGAUUGUUGACUUAACCCGGAUAUUGGCAGGACCAUUUGCCACAAUGGUCCUCAGUGACCUGGGAGCUGAGGUCAUCAAGGUGGAGCGGCCAGGCUCUGGGGAUGACACCCGCACGUGGGGCCCUCCCUUCCUGGGCACAGAGAGCUGUUACUUCCUGAGUGUCAAUCGUAACAAGAAGAGUGUGGCAGUGGAUCUGAAACAGCCAGAUGGAGUGCAGGUGGUCCAGGACCUUGUCUGCUGCAGUGACGUGCUUGUGGAGAACUUUGUUCCCGGGGCACUGGAUCGCCUUGGCUUAGGGUAUAGUGACUUGCAAACACUUGCUCCACGCUUGAUCUACUGCACCAUCUCAGGGUAUGGUGCCUCAGGCCCGUACAAGAGCCGUCCUGGGUAUGAUGUGAUGGCUGCUUCCUUUGGGGGUCUGCUUGGGGUGACAGGACCUAGAGAUGGGGAGCCCUGCAAAGUUGGGGUGGCCAUGACUGACUUGGCCACUGGAUUAUAUGCUCAUGGAGCCAUCAUGGCAGCCCUGCUGGAGAGGCAGAAGACAGACUGUGGCCAAAGGAUUGACUGUAACUUGUUGUCUACUCAGGUAUCUUGCAUGGUAAACCUUGCUUCAAACUACCUUAAUGGAGGCAGGGAAGCCCGUCGAUGGGGCACUGCCCAUGAGAGUAUUGUACCUUACCAGGGCUUCCCAACUGCUGAUGGCCACAUCACUAUUGCUGCUGGGAGCAAUGACCAGUUCUCUGCCCUGUGCCGUGUCCUAGGCCUACCUGAACUACAGACAGAUGAACGCUACUCCACUAAUGCACUGCGUGUGGAGCACCGGGAGUCUCUCCUGGCAACCCUCACUGCAGCCUUUAGGAAGCGUUCCACUGAGGAAUGGCUGGCAGUGUUGGAGGGGUGCCCCUUCCCUUACGCCCCCAUCAACAGUCUCUCCCAGGUGUUCUCUGACCCACAAGUGGUUCACAGUGGGCUGGUGGAGGAAGUGCAGCAUCCAGGUGUGGGUUCAGUGAAACAGGUGGGACCUGCAGUGACCUUUAGUGCCUCACAGAAUAAGGUCCGGGCAGCACCACCACUCCUGGGGCAGCAUACCCACCAGGUUCUCACUGAGGUGCUAGGCUACACUGAGCAUCGGGUGGAGGAGUUGAGGAGGCAGGGGGUGGUCAACUGAUGCUUGCCAAUUCUGCAAUGGGUGGAAAUAGUUGUGAUGUUAAAGAUCUAUUCUUGUAUUGACCACAUGUGCAACUUCUAAGUCAGUCUUUUAAAUAACUUAUUUUUAUACUGCUUUAAAUACAUCACACAAAGACAGUUACACAAAGACAGACUUAAUGUGUGCUGUUGUGUAGUUAAACAUCCAAUGUAAUCAGUGACUGAAUUUUAUUUAUCAGUAAAAUUUUUAAUAAAAUUGCA